CGUCGGAAGACGCCUGAAGCGACGCCUCCGAGCGGGUCAGCGCAGUUAUAAAGAAGACGGUGUCUCCGUCUCCGCCGACAGUGUUGAGUCCGACGCCCGAAUCCUCCUCCUCCUCCCCGUCAGACAUGAGGACCUUCGUGCUCGCGUGCCUGCUGGCCUGCCUGCUGGCGGCGGCCGAGUCGCAGGACAAGUACCCGUCGCAGUUCGACAACUUGAACCUGGACGAGAUCCUCGGCAACAACCGCACCUUGGACAGCUACAUCAAGUGCCUGCUGGGCAAGGGCGGCUGCACCCCCCCGGGCAAGGCGCUCAAAGACAACCUCCCUGACGCCCUGGCCACGGGGUGUGCCGACUGCAGCGACAGCCACCGCAGCAUGGUCAAGAAGGUCUUGGCCUUAAUGAAGGUCAAGAAGCCCGCCGAGAUGAAGCAAGUGAUGGACGUGUACGACCCCAACGGAGAGUACAGGGCCAAGUACGGCGAAUACCUGGAACGUUUUCCGGACGAGCGUUCCUCUUAAUUCUUUGUAAAUUUAUUCCCACGAACGCUGUAAUCGAUUUGUAAAUUACUUAAUGCGAACCGAAGAUAUUUUAAAUACAAAAAAAUCAAGCAAUGCUUUUGUUUGUUUUAUUUUUAUGUUUUUUUAUUCCAACUUCUUUUUUUUCCAUAAUUGUUUCACGUGUCUGAAAGAGUACAUUACUAAAUAACAAACACUCAAUAUUUAUUUUAUUUUUCUGUGUUAAUUAAAGGUUUAAUAACUCUUGGCAAACACUGCUAAAGUCAUGUCAGAACUAAUGUUUUACUUUUUUUUUUCAUUUUGGUCAGUUAUAUUAUGUUUCGUUCUCCAUUGCCGCCAGCUUCCGUGUGCAUCCAUUUGGUGUGAUUUAUUUAAUACACAGUAAACCGAAUGUGUUUUUAUUCAUUCACGGAUAUGGUUUUGAAUCGAGAGACAGUUAAUAAAAAAAUUCGUCUUCA